AUGUUAUCAUGUGCAUCGAAGGAGCCGCUCACGGGGGACCUGGACACCCUCGGCGUGCUGCACCAGGUGAUGCGGUUCGUGCCGUACAACCGCCGCACGCUCUGCGCGAUGCGGUGCGUGUCAAAGCCCUACCGCCGCGCUGUGCAGCACCCGCAAGGGCCAUGGGCGGGCCAUGAGGGGAUUAUGACGUCAAAGUACGGUCACUGCGUCAUCUUUAACGCCAAGGACGACGAAAAGGGACACUCCAACUUUAGUCUCUCCUCUGUGUCUCCCAUCGGACGCAAGUUUACCACACUUGGCGUGAAGAUGCUGAGCCGCUACCACCAGUGUGUGGCGAACGGUCUAACAGGGCUGGUGCUGCAUCAUGCGCAGAUCGACCUUGAGGUUUUCGAUGCCUUGGCCCUGCUUACAAACCUACGGAAACUGGAGUUGGCAUUUUGUCGCAAAAUUAUCUCCAUUGCGGGGGCGAGUCGUGUGACGAAUCUGGAGUCGCUUGAAAUAGACCUUUGCCCCCUUGAACCGGACGGCGCCGUCGGCUUGCUGCUCCCUAAGCUCAAGCGACUCAGGCUGCACUCGUGCACUAAACUGAGCAAGCUGAAUGGCAUCGCACCAGCCACCGCCGCGGCGUUAGAGGAGGUGUAUAUUGAGAACUGCAACAUCUAUGAUGAUACCGUCAACGAGUUUUUUAUGAACUUCACCACAAAUUUGAAAGUUCUUCAUUUGCCUGGGGCUCACGUUGAUACUGCCCUCACCUGUGUGCCUGCAGAGGUGCGGGAAAAGUCCCUUGUCUCACUGCACCUCCGCGAGACGUCGUUGCGAUUUGAAACCCUGUGUGAAUUGGCGCCAUCUCUGCAGAAUCGCCUGGAGUUCCUCUCACUAGAUUCCUGCGGCGAGCUGGAAAGCUUUGAGCCCCUCGGCAGACUCCAGGAGCUUCGCUUCCUUGACGUUGCCGGGUUUCUCCACGGUGAGGGUCUGCAGUUUCUGACCUGCUGCGUCAAGCUGGAGCUUUUUCGCAUGGCUAACUCACAAAUAGAAAAUAUCAUGUUCGUCUCCUCACUGCAGGCGCUGCGGGUGCUGGACGCCACCAGCUCAGCCCUCGGUGACCCUUCGCUGAUGUUCCUUGAGAAUUUGCCUAUGCUGGAGGUGGUGGUGCUGACGAAAUGUGUGCUCAUCACAAACAUCAAUGUGUUGAGCACGUGCAAGCGCAUUUGUCGCAUCUUCUGCGCCAACACGGGGGUUACAAACGAGGGGAUCACCUCCCUCACAGCGUGUCCCGAGUUGGAGGAGCUGGACCUGAAGAUGACGGCGGUCACCGACGUCAACUUCCUUGUCGGCUGCCCCUCGCUCAAGUGCAUCAAUGUAUGUAACGCGGUGCUAAGCUGUGAGGGAUGCCAGGCCCUACUGAAGAGCAAUAUCGAGGUUAUCUGCGACUCGUUUGAUGUAGGGAGUAAUUUCGUUGAUGCGUAG